AUGCCUCGACAUCGUCAUACAGCCCGUCACACCCCUGAUAUUGCCGAAAUCAAUGACCUGGUUGCACGACUAUACGUGAGCACGCCUGAUGUCGCCGAGGAAGUGCGCGAACUUCUGGAAGAAGGCCUCCAGCGGCGAACCGGAGCUAUCAGUCUACCACCAAGACUGCUGGAUCGAGUUGUGUCGGCACCUGAUGAACGCCGGGCAACCUUGCGUGAUUGGAUUGUCCCUAUGAUGGGCAGCGUAUCGGACGGAACAACUCCGCAUGCAACUUCGGCUCCGGAGCAUGGAGGCCCAGCUCAUCGACAUGAAACCCCUGCGCCUCGACGUACAAGCCGACACGCAACCCCCGGAGCUCAACAUGCGCCUCCACUCACGACGCAUACACCUCAUCGUGAAGUUCCAGUUGGCCACCAUGCCCCUCGACACACUUCCCGACAUACAUCCCGACAUGCAACCCUAGCUCACCAGGAGGCUCCAGUGGCUCACCGUACACCUCGACACACUUCCCGACAAGCAACUCCAGGUCAUCACCAACCCGGAGACCGACGUCCAACUGCUGCUCGCCAUGCUCGCCAUGAAGCUCCAGUGGCUCACCAUGCACCUCGACAAUCGGCUCGAAUCGGGACUCCGGGUCAUCGCCAUGGAGGCCGACACGGAGCCGUAGCACCUCGGCAUGGUCGGCAUGGUCGGCAUGGUCGGCAUGAAGCCCCAGUGUCUUACAUAUACGAGCCUGUCUAUUCAAUAGGCGAACAGGCUGCGGUGCCUCAAGAGGUCCUUAGCCGGCUGACCCGUCCAAUUGUCACCCAGACCAUGAUCGACUCCGAGGAUGCGGCUUGUGUUAUUUGCCAGGAGGAUAUUAAGGUAGGGGACGAGGUGAUGCUUCUACCUUGCUCGCACUGGUCUUUCCAUGCUACCUGCAUUGAACCAUGGUUUCGUCGAUCUAAUACCUGUCCUUCUUGCCGUCAACAGGUUCGGUAG